GCCGGGCGGCCUGCACAUGCCUUGGCACCCUGCCCCGCUGUGGAGCUGCAGACGGCGGCGGCCCAGCGCGGCAGCGGAGCGGCCCCAUGGCCUCGGGGACGCGGUGGGGCACGGAAAGCCCGGGGGAGCCGGCGGAGGGGCGGCAGAGCCACCCCGGCUCCUGCUACCGGGAGCUCAGCCGCUUCCCUGCCAUCACCCGCGCCGCGCUGGGGGCCGCGGCAGGGGGCCAGGCCUUCCGCCUCUACACCGAGUGCAGCCAGCCGGACCUGCGCCACCGGCGGCUCCUGCACUUCAGCCGGCACUACAGCCUGCAGCGCGCUGCCGGCGGCCUUGCUGCCAGCCGGGCAGCGCUCAGCGCCGAGAUCCGCAACCAGCUCCUCAGCCAGGACUCGCCGUCGGGGCAGCGCCGCGCCGUGCUCACCCGCUGCCCGCUGCAGGGCCACGAGGUGCUGGAGGUGUGGGACGGCGGCGGGCGCAGCCACGGCGUGGACCUGACAGCGCUGGGGAAGCAUGGCAGGGUCUACACAGAGGGGCCCUUCACCUGCCUGGCCUGGUCCCGCUCGGAGACGCGGCUGCUCUACGUGGCCGAGAGGAGCCAGCCCAGGCCACCAAAACCCAGCCCGUGGCUUGUGCCGGGGGCAGCCGGACCAGCAGAGGAGGAGGAGGAUGAGGAGGGCGAGCAGUUCAUGUACCGCGAGGACUGGGGGGAGGCGCUGAGCACCCGCAGCGUCCCCGUGCUCUGCGUGCUGGACAUCGAGGGCAGCAGCGUCACGGUGCUGGAGGGCGUCCCCGAGCACGUCUCCCCCGGCCAGGCUCUGUGGUCCCCGGACGACACCGGCGUGGUGUUCGUGGGCUGGUGGCACGAGCCCUUCCGCCUGGGGCUGAGCGCCUGCUCCAACAGGAGGUCGGGCAUUUUCCAUCUGGAAGUGGCCAGCAGGCGCUGCGAGCUGCUGUCGGCCCAGCCCCGUGCCGCCUGCUCGCCCCGGCUGAGCCCCGAUGGCCGGCGCCUGCUUUACCUGGAGGGGGCCGUGGGAGGGCCCCACCGGCAGUGCCUGCAGCUGCGGAUGCUCACCUGGCAGACGCGGCAGACGGUGACGGUGCUUGACGUGGUGCAGGAGCCCACGGGUGCCUUCACUGGGAUCUACGCCGCAGAGCUGCCGCCGCGGUGCUGGGCAGCCGACAGCCGGCGAGCCCUGCUGGGCACCCCACAGCGGAGCCGCACGGACCUGCUGCUGGUGGACACGGAGGCAGCCGCUGUCACCAACCUCACUGCCGGGUCACCCGAAGGGUGCUGGCAGCUGCUGACCGUGCAGUGGGACCUGCUCGUGGCCACCUGCUCAGCCCCACACCGCCCACCCCGCCUGGUCGUGGCAGAGCUGCCACCGUUGGGUCAGGAGCUGUCCCUGCGCUGGGUGACAGUGGAGGAUGCCCCAACAGUGCCCGGCAUCACCUGGAAAACCCUGAUGGUCCGGCCGCCCUGCAGAGGGCAGAGCCCUGCUCCGCACGGCACCCAGCCCUUCGAGGCGCUGCUGCUGAGCCCACCGGGCAGCAUGGCACCGCACCCCCUCGUUGUGUGUCCCCACGGUGGCCCUCACGCCGUCUUCGAUGCCCGCUGGCGCCCGAGCAUGGCCGCACUGUGCCGGCUGGGGUUCGCCGUGCUCCUGGUGAACUACCGCGGCUCCCUGGGCUUCGGGCAGGCCAGCAUCGACUCCCUGCUGUCCCGCGUGGGUGAGCAGGAUGUGGCGGACACACAGCUGGCAGUGGAGCAGGCGCUGCACAGCGAGCCCCUCGACUCACGCCGCCUGGGGUGGGGGGCUGAGCACCCACCCCUGCUCGUGCCGCAGGUACGGGCGCCGGUGCUGCUGUGCGUGGGUGCCCGGGACCGGCGGGUCAGCCCCACGCAGGCGCUGGAGCUGUACCGGGUGCUGCGGGCCAGCAGGGUGCCGGCACGGCUGCUGUGGUACCCGGAGGGCGGCCACGCGCUGGCAGGCACAGAGACGGAGGCCGAUGUUUUUGGGAACUGCGCCCGCUGGUUCCUCCAACACCUGAGACAGCCCCGGCACAGCCCCUAGCACCUGCAGCGGCCCUGUGGCCGUGCUGGCCUUGGAGUGACCGGGGGUCCUGGGGAGGGCACCGGGACCACAGGAGAACGGAGCAAGUGGCGGCACAGGAUGGAAAUGGGGAUGUGGGCUUGCCUCUAAAUAAACGUGUGCCACCUCGUG